AUGCAACAACAGCAACAAGGCGGUGCGCGUCUGCGACACUUGAACCCGCUCAGGCUGUUUCACGGCAACUUUUCAUACCAGGAGCUCCCCUCGGACAGCCGCAACACUUCGCCAUUCACACUGCAGCCUCUGAAGCGAGUGCGAUGGCCGUCACCGAAGCGCGCCGGUGAGGCAAUGCGUUCAGUCCGCUGGUCUCCUCUUCGCAUCCUACUCUGGGCAUUGACGUCGCUUCUCGUUCUGUUGAUGCUUAUUGCGACCCGCCAUCAUAGAUUCCGCGAGUCUCCGUCGCCUUCAAAUCCGGACCCAGCACAAGAAAAGCCUCCGGGUUAUCCAUGGGAGGAAUACCCACAAUUGAAGGCCUUCUACAACGGCAUUCGUACUUUGACUCCCGCCAAAGAAUGGGUUCCGGAAAAUCGCUACAACAAAUCCGCGCCCGAGGGUGCUGUCGACAGCAACGAAGCCCGUGGCCUUGCCAAGCAACCCGCUUUAGAUCCCAUCAAGCUCACCCCUUACCCCGAUUACAACUCGUACGAGUACACGCAAAAGCAUGGAAAAGUUGAGACCUGCUACAUGGAUGAAGAAGACAAGGUCGAAGUUCCUGAUGUCUAUGUCUACCCCGGUCUUCCCAGAAACAUGACUGCUCCCUUCUUCGGCACACACAAGGAACUCGGUAUCAGAGAUGAUGUCUGUUAUGAUAGAUUUGGAAGACUCGGUCCUUAUGGUUAUGGCUACAAUGCUACAGCAGGUGGUCUUGGUCCUGGUCUUGACUCGGAGAAUGUCGGCACGGACAAGCUUUUCGAAAAGAUGGGCACAGUUGAUUAUUCAAACGUCAACUGGGGCAAGGCCAUGAAGAAGUGUCACAGCAAGAACAAGGCUCGUUUCGAGAACAAGGAUGCACACCGCAAGAUCGCUCGUCAUGCCUACAUUCUCCGCAUCUGGACUGGCUACAACUUCAACUAUAACCAGCUCUACUCUCUUCGCGCCAUGAUCGCCGAACUUUCGCUCAAAUCUGGCGGUGAGUACGAUGUCUGGUUCCUUCUGCACGUCAAGGAUGAGACUCUUCCCAUCUGGGCCGACAAGGGUGUUUACCAGAAGGUCAUCGAGCAGAACAUGCCCAAGGAGUUCUGGAACAUGACUGUGCUCUGGUCCGAGUCUCAGCUGCUUAACUACUACCCUCCUCCUUUCGCCGAGCCUUUCGAGAACCCCUCCCAACAAAGUGUCCACGGUGUGUACCGCUCGGCCCACUUUGCUCUUCAAUGGUUUGGCCAACAAUAUCCCGACUACGACUUUUACUGGAACUGGGAAAUGGAUCUCCGUUACAAUGGCCACUACUACGAAUUCAAUACUGCUCUCGGUGACUGGGCUCGCAAGCAACCUCGCAAGGGAAUGUGGGAGAGAGCUGAGAGAUUCUGGAUACCCGAGCUUCACGGUUCAUACCAAAACUUCACUGACAUGGUUGAGCGUGAAACUCGUGAGAACGGCAAGACUCCUGUCUGGGGCCCUCCUGCUUUCCAGAACGAUGGCCUCUCCACCUCUCCCGCUGAUACUACCCCUCCCAUGCCCUACGACAAGGAUGAUUUCAAAUGGGGAGUCGGCGAAGAGGCUGAUCUCAUCACUUUCAACCCUCUUUUCGAUCCCAGCAGGACUAACUGGGUAUUCCGUCUCGACGCAACUGGUUACAGUCUCAAGAUGCCUCCUCCACCUCGUCGUUGCGCCAUCAUUACCGUCUCUCGUCUUUCCAAGCGUCUGAUGGAUAUUAUGCACGAAGAGACCUGGAAGUACCGCCACACCAUGUUCCCAGAGAUGUGGCCCGCCUCAUGUGCCUUGCAACAUGGUCUCAAGGCUGUCUAUGCUCCUCAACCAGUUUACUUCGAUCGUGACUGGGAUCUUGAGUACAUGGACAGAAUGUUCAACCGUCCUCGUAUUGAUGUUGACAGUCCCUUCGGAUGGGGUGAACACAACUUUAUCGGCAGUUCUUUCUACUACAACUCUCAAUUCAGCGGUGCUCUCUGGCGCCGCUGGCUUGGUCUCCGUGAAAACAAGGAGGGUGGUACCCGAGAAGAAGAGAUUGGCACUGGACGCAUGUGUCUAUUACCGUCGCUGUCCCACCCUGUCAAAGGAGAAUUGGGGGAGAAUAAUUGA